AUGGCGGCAUUGAUUCCGCGUCGACCCCUCAAAAGGGACGUCAAGACUCAGGAAGUCCUCAGCAAGGCCAGACGGCUCUACGACGAAUGCAAAGACGCAAAGGAAGACGAUACAAACAAACACGAAGCAUGCAAAUUCUCUCGUAACAGCGUCCUUCCAUCCCGCGUCCUCGAGGUGGGCACCACAGACAAACCUUCCCUUCAACUGUUUGUUAACAAAACGGAGAAACGUGGAGAGUAUAUCGCAUUGAGCUACUGCUGGGGAGGUGAACAGAAAAACGGCAUACAAGAGGAGACCCUGCAGCAGUCGGUCAAGGACGCGGUUGAGGUUACGAGAAUGCUCGGGUUCAAAUACCUGUGGGUGGACGCUUUUUGCAUUAUUCAGGACUGUGACAGAGACAAGGAGAAAGAGGUAGGGAGAAUGGCAACAAUUUACAAGAAUGCUGCCAUCACCAUCGCAGCGGGGACAGCCAAGAGGGCAAGGGACGGGUUCUUGGGACAGAGAGGCACAUAUAUCCCCGAAGUAAGUAUAGCUGUGGACGGGUCGAAGGGAAAGGGCCCAAAGGGGACGGUGUAUCUUCGAUCACGACCCCAUGUGCCGAAACACACGUUGGAUGAGCGUGGAUGGGUGCUUCAAGAGUUCAUGCUCUCGUCACGGCUGCUAAUCUUUUCGGAGUAUGAGCUGCUCUGGCAAUGUAAAGGGAUUGAUUUGCAGAGCGUCGUCGGGGGAGACGACGCAUUGGAGUAUCUACAACCGCUGGAAGGAUUGCCGUGGACUAGCUUCAGCGAGGAAAAUGCUGGACAUUACGGCAAUGACGCUGAGGAGAAGAUGUACCUUUGGAAGACGGUUGUGUGGCAAUACACCCGGCGCUCGCUGAGUGACAGUAAUGAUAGACUGAACGCUUUGAGGGGAAUCACGAGAGAGCUCGAGGUUUUGUGGGAGGACAGUAACUACUUUGGGCUGUGGAAGAAAUGGUUCAUUGAGCUGCUCGCUUGGUAUAAGCCCAUUGAUGCAGACGAGAAAGAAGAAGAGUCGCAAAGAUCGGGUCGAGCACCGAGCUGGUCUUGGGCAUCGCUGGGUCGGCAGGUGAAGUACACCGAGAUAUUCAUCAAGGAAGACGCGAAGGUCAAAGGAUGGGAUACUCUUGGGACAAGGGUCCCAAGACAUGCUAUACUUCACUGUCGCAUGAUGAAGGCUGAUGACCUCGGCGCGGAUCAUACCGACAAGGAUGGUGAUAUCAUAUCGGGAGGAUGUGACAAGCUUCCUGACUUGAAGAAAGAUUCCUUCGAGAAGGAGGUACAAGGCAGAGAGACACAGGUCUUGCUUCUUGGGACAAUCUUACGGGACAACAGGAAGUUGGGCGUUGGUCUCAUGGUCGUCAACGCUGGGAACGGCUUUUACCAACGCGUCGGAAUGGCCGAGCUUGAGGAUCUCGAUGUUUGGGAGAGAGUAGGGUAUGAAGAGAUAAACCUCAAGUAG